AUGCUUCAUUACAGCAAAUUGCUGGUUGUUAUUAAUGUCAUUAUUGGUUGUUUGCAAGAGCACCCUCCCCCACCUGGUAAGGAGACACGGCCAUGCCAGGCGGCGGGCGGGGCGCUGGAGCACACCCCUGUGUGUGCAGAACGCCAGGUGUGGGUGGCGGCAGAGAGGGCCCCAGGGCCACCGAGGAAUGAGCUUAGCUGGCUCCUGAGAGAGUGUCUUCAAGACUUGCUCCUAGCAGGACGAGGCCUGGCCCUUCGCCGUGAGGCUGGGCCAGUGAGACCACCCCUGGAGUGGGGGGUGGAGGUGGUCACAUUGAGUAGCCUCCCCACCCGAGAAGACACGGGCUCUUCCUUCAGUGUGCUGUGCAACGUUCUGUCAAGCUUGUUAUACUGCGUCUAUCCCAAGGUCACUUCCAAUUGGACCUCAUGGCCGGCACUUCACAGCUGCAAUGAGCAGCCAGAGCUGGGCGGUUUUCACACCAUGGGAGGCAGGACAGGACAAGGCCAGUGUCAAGAACAAGGUCUAGGUCCCGUCGGGGUGGCCCCACAGCUGGUCUCUCAGGAAGACGAGGUCGUCCGGGGAGUGGCCACGCCCUCUGACCCCUGA